AUGUUUCGAAGACCUGUAUUGCAGGUGUUUCAUAAAUUUGUAAGACAUGAGUCUGAAGUAGCAAGCAGCUUGGUUCUGGAAAGAUCUCUUAAUCGUGUGCAGUUACUGGGGCGAGUUGGUCAGGAUCCUGUCAUGAGACAAGUGGAAGGAAAAAACCCAGUCACAAUAUUUUCUCUGGCAACAAAUGAGAUGUGGAAAUCAGGAGACAAUGAAGCAUACCAAAUGGGUGACGUCAGUCAAAAGACAACAUGGCACAGGAUUUCAGUAUUCCGACCAGGCCUCAGAGAUGUGGCAUAUCAGUAUGUGAAAAAGGGAUCUCGAAUUUAUGUGGAAGGGAAAGUAGAUUAUGGUGAAUAUAUGGAUAAAAAUAAUGUGAGGCGACAAGCAACAACAAUCAUAGCUGAUAACAUUAUAUUUCUGAGUGACCAGACAAAAGAGAAGGCAUAG